CGCUUUGUAGCUUUCCCAAGGUGUGACGUCGUUAAGAGUAUCCGUGAGCUUAUUUCAAUUGGCGAAGAACAAGUAGAAAACCUCAUAAUCUCCAACGCGCAGUGUUAAGCACUUAAAAUAUGUCUGCAACCGGUGGUAGUGCCGUCGGCAGCGGUGGCGGUGGUCAGGAGGAGGACAAGAAGCCGGUGGAUCAGUCUGCACACAUUAAUCUCAAAGUCAAGGGCCAGGAUGGCAACGAAAUUUUUUUUCGGAUCAAGCGGAGCACCCAGCUGCGGAAGCUGAUGACUGCCUAUUGUGACAGGCAAUCAGUGGAAUUCAACUCCAUUGCAUUUUUAUUUGAUGGGCGGAGACUGCGUGGAGAGCAGACUCCUGAUGAGCUUGAGAUGGAAGAUGGUGAUGAAAUUGAUGCAAUGCUGCACCAAACUGGAGGUGGGAAUGUCUACCCUUGAGGUGUUUGUCUCGCUAAUUAGAUAUUUUGUAAACGCCACAGCAGGCAGAGCGGAAGAAAGGCUUUUCUUUAGCUAUAGGAAAGCUAGUGUAUAUGAAAUUGAAAUGAGUGCAACGAGACUUUAAAAGAAAAAACGAGUAAUAUUCUGUGCAAGUUGUGUUGUCUGGCUUUAUUAUAUUUAUUUCUCAUUUAAAUGUAUGGAAAUGCAUUCUGUUUCAUCUGUUUCCAAUGGUCUAAGUUUUUUUGCC